AUGUGUGAUGAGUUUAAGGAGUCUAUGAUGUCAUUUUUUGAUAUGACUGACUUGGGAAAUAUGAGGUAUUUUCUGGGAAUUGAAGUUUUGCAGAAUACAAAUGGUAUUUUUGUAUGUCAACGAAAAUAUGCACAUGAAAUAUUGAUUCGAUUUAAUAUGGUGGAGUGCAAUCCAGUAAAGAAUCCAAUUGUUCCAGGAAUGAAGCUUUCCAGAACUGACACAAGACCUAAAGCAGAUGCCACACUCUACAAACAAGCAGUUGGAAGCCUUAUGUAUCUCAUAGCAACCAGACCUGAUCUGAUGUAUGUGGUCAGCCUAAUUAGCAGAUUCAUGGAGAAUCCUUCAGAAAGUCAAUUGAAUGUUGUCAAACAAAUCCUACAGUAUAUAAAGGGGGCUACAGAGCUGGGCAUGUUGUAG